AACAAGACCCACUCAAGGCGAUAAAUCUAUCUGCACCUGAGAAGAUGCCAAUCUGUACCGUGCUGGAGAAGAGCAAUGGUGUGCUGGUGGGAGCUGAGCUGACCUGCAGUGUGAGGGAAGAGAACAAGGCUCAGAGGGAGAGCUAUACUGCUGACUGGCACAGCGUUAGUCUCAAGACUCAACCUCAAGACAGGCAGACCAUGAACAUGAAUGACAAUUCUCGUAGGGAGACUCUGUCCCGGCAGUGGCAGGCACGUUCACUGACACAGAAGUGUCCCUCUGGUGUCUUUAGGGUGGGCACAGUGGAAAGAGGGGUCAGGGAGCACCAGUUGCUUCCAAAGAGAAACACCCUCCCCUUGCCCAUCUUUACCCCCGCAGAGCUGGGCGUCAGGCUCGGACGUGGAGCGCCACACACAUUGGAGGACCUGCAGCCAUUUCCCACUCCAGACGGAGUGUGUCCCAGCAAGAGGACGGUGGAUGAAAUCACCAGAGAUCUCCCUCCAGUCAAGCCGACCCUCAUGGAGUUUGCCAAAGCACCUAAAGCCCUGGGGCGCUCCAUGUCUCAGGAGGCCCAGAGAGGGUGAAAAACAAAAGGACAAAAGAAAAAGAGGGGAUGCUAGGGAGAGACGAGAAGGAUGACAAAUGGGAAAGAAUAUUCAAUAAGCAGAGUGUGUCUGGAAACAUUAUGACAAGAUUUAUAUAGAUUUACCUCUAGUGACACCUAAUACUGUAGAAGUUUAGCACUCUAAAUGUCAUAUCUUGUCAUUGUUGGCAUUUUAUAGUGAGUGGGUAUUAGAAAUGGUUAUGAGAAGAUGUUUGCAUUGGGACAGGGAAGCAAGGUGUUCUCUUAGCUGUGCCAAGGCCAAUCUGUGCAUGUGCUGGCCAGCUGACCUCGACAUAUCUGUUAAUCGUUCAGUGUGACCUAACAUUUGUACACACUGGUGCACCUUAACCAUUUCUUUUGCCCUUUCUUUGCAUAUCGGAAAGUACAGUCUUCAUGGUGUAAAUGAAAGUGUUCAGAAUAAAUAAAUAGAUGGAAAAGUAUAACAAAGGAUGGGAAGAGAAGGGAAGAAUCAGAGGAGAAUGGAGGGCUGAGGGAUCAGGAAACAUGCCUUAGAGCUGGUCAGCCUCCAGGACUGCCUGCCAGUCUUUCAUCUGUGUGAAGGGUACAGAAUGCACUGGCAAGAUCAAACGCUGCAGCUGUAGAUAUGUGUGUGUCCCUCUCUGUGUGAGUGUUGGCACGUCUAAUCACAAUAACUUUGGAAAACCAAUAACCUUUUUUUUAAUGUGCAUUAACUGAUCUGCCUUUUUAGUCGAGUGGCAACUCAUAUUUAUAUAUGAUAGAGGAACAGAUACUGUUAUAGCUUAGA